AAAAAAAAAAAAAAAAAAAGGAAAAUUCACAGAGAGUUUGGAUUCUUUGUAUUAUUGUGUUUUCUUUAAAAUUUUUGACUGUAAAGGAGCUAAGUACAGAGAGACAUUUCAUUACAUGGGCUGCCAAGCUGAACCAGAAUGGAUUUCAUAAGGGUAUUAUGACUUCAGAAUUUGGGUCUAAGGAUAUGAUGCUUUGGAGAGUUUCUUCUUUUGUUUUCACAGAGGAUGAGAUCCUGUGGAUUGCGUCUAUCCCAAUAUGGUAUGAUAGACCACGCCCUCCUGAAAGGUUGCUGUGAACACCCUCAAAAAAUUACUUCACUCAACUGCCGACUGAGAUAAACCUGGCACACAGGUUACACCCUAAACGAUCUGAUUAACAGCGCCCCCAUUCAGCAGGAAGCAGUUUGGAGAGAAAAAACUGCGCCCAUGUUCCCAAAUAUUGUUUAUAAAUGUUCUUUUACAUUUAAAGGGGGAUAUGAUAUAGAUAUGAAUAAUUUGCAUUGGUGUGGAUUUUAAGGUCAAUUUUGUUAUAUGUAUAUGUAUUCUGAUCUUGAGGUAUUGUGAUUGUAAAAAUGUAAUGUAUAAUUAGGAAAUAUAGGUUGCUAAUGGAUAAUCAUCGAUAAUAGUAAAGCUUGUAGUCAUGUUAGUUAGAUUUUCUAGAUAUAUAGAGAUAUAUUUCAGUUGGAUAGGCAUUCUUCAUAUCUUUCAAAGACUGCAGAAUAUGGCAUUUUAAAUGUUUUAAUAAUUUAGGGCUUUUCAUGACAAUGAUACACGUCUGCUCCUGGCAGCACCAGCUACUUCAAGAGGAAGAUGGGCAUUGAAGAGGCUCCUUAUGGAGUUUGAUAGCCAUUUGGGCAAGAAACUGCUCUUGCCUGGACUGUUGCAUAACCUGGACACAGAGAACCCACAGAGAGAGGACUGCUGAACUUGCCUAAAGUGCUGUCGCAAGAGAAGAUGGGAAAGGGCUGCAAGGUUGUCGUUUGUGGGUUGUUGUCUGUUGGGAAAACUGCCAUUCUGGAGCAACUCCUUUAUGGGAAUCAUACUAUAGGCAUGGAGGACUGCGAGACGAUGGAAGACGUGUACAUGGCCUCAGUGGAGACGGACCGCGGGGUGAAGGAGCAGCUCCACUUAUACGACACGCGAGGCCUGCAGGAAGGCGUGGAACUGCCCAAGCAUUACUUCUCUUUCGCUGACGGCUUUGUUCUUGUGUACAGUGUGAAUAAUCUGGAGUCCUUUCAAAGGGUGGAGCUUCUGAAGAAGGAAAUCGAUAAAUUCAAAGACAAGAAAGAGGUGGCAAUUGUCGUGCUGGGAAACAAAAUCGACCUCUCCGAGCAGAGACAAGUAGAUGCUGAAGUGGCACAGCGGUGGGCAAAAAGCGAGAAGGUGAAGCUGUGGGAGGUGACGGUGACAGACCGGAGGACGCUGAUCGAACCCUUCACUUUACUAGCCAGCAAGCUCUCUCAGCCCCAGAGCAAAUCCAGCUUCCCUUUGCCCGGCAGGAAGAACAAAGGGAACUCCAAUUCUGAAAACUGAGUCAGAUCUUGAAAUGUCUGUAGCAUGACACAGUUAUGAUUUAACAUGGCCCUUUACAAAACCACCUCCAGGCCUAAGUGAUCAUUCAAGGCACUUUGCACUAUAAUUAACUUAUUGGGCUUAUUUAUUACUGUUAGACAUAUUUUAUCGUUGUUAUUUAUGUUGUACUUGUCAUUAAUAGUAAAAUAAAAUAUGGAAUGUA